CGUGCUAAUAAUUCACACAUCUUUUCCAGUGUUUCAUACAUACGAAAUUAAUUGAGUGCUAGAAGCUAUGUCGGAAGAUACCUACGUGCCUCCGCAACGUAGAUUUCAUGGACAAAAACAGCCGAGUGACGAUUUCAUUCAGGGUCAAGGUUCAAGAGGGAGGUCAUGGGUUUCAAGAAAUCCGCAAUCACCGUCCUCAUCACAAUCUUGGAGUGAAAGAGGAUCCAGGGGGCGGGGGUGGGGUACCGGAGGAUUUGGCCGGGGAAGACCUAAUACAGAUCCAGAAAGGGACGGACCAUCAUUAUCUACUUCACGGAAACGCAUAAAUGUUCGAGCUGAGGGUAAAAAUUCAGACGUGCCUGUUCCGAAUCGAGAAGCGACAUACCAAAAUAAAAACAGGCGUCCCAUCUUGGGAUUCCGAUGGGUGGAAGGACUCCUACUGGAAAAAGAUAACGACAAGUGUAUCAUGACCAUCGCCCGGGAAGGGGACGAAUGGACCAAGUUUUUAGAAUCAGAUCCCAUCAUUUCCCCCGUAGGGUGGGAGAUGAUGGUCUUCUGCUCAGAAUGGUAAUGUUCCUGCUGGGGCGAAAGGUCUGCUCGGAACAAAUUCUUCUUACCUCGGAUCAAACCACGAUUAUCGUGUUGACCCUGAAUGCACAAAAGUUUCUGGAUAAAAUUCGACAAAAAUUGGGAGAAUUGUUAAUUUCUGGAGUUGGAGCAAGUUCUGGAGCAAGUGGGACAAUUUCGGAGAAAAAUAUUGACACGGGACUUGACACCACAACGAAGGGAUUUAUUCAUGACGUUUUUACCUUCUGUUCCUUCACGACAAAACGGAUGCCUGAAAGUGCCCGGGACUUUUUAAAGAAUACCGUUCUUACAACGGCGUACGGAUUGGUGAUGGCGAUUAAGGGCGUGGAUAUCUCCGUGGCGGAAUUUGAAGUGCCGUUGAAAGAGCUUAUCUUGCAGUUGGAUACGUUAUCUAAGAGAGAAGAAGUGAAACAAGUGCUCAAAACUAGGCAUGGGCCCUCGGAGGAUCAGUGGAAAUAUUUGGACGUUAUGGAACCACCCUCUAACUACCGGGAAAUGACGAUCAUCCCAACAAUGGAAGAACUCAUGAGGGAACGUCGAGAGGACGUAUUCCUUCGGCGGAACAAAGUCCAGGGUGCGUACGCGAGUUCGCUGGAUUAUCUGGAUAUUCAAUUCCGACUCAUGAGAGAAGAUUUCGUUUCUCCGUUACGAUCGGGCGUUCAAGAAUUUUUACGUCACCCACUGGAAUAUUCUCAAGGAAGGAAAAAAAUGCCGCUAGGAUCCAUCCGAAUAUACAACAAUGUGCAAAUCCUUGGAUCAGAAUUGCUACACGGAGUGACCCAUUUCUGGCUCCGUUUACCUGAAAAAUUUACUCGUAAAGUAAAAUGGGACCGAUCUAAGCGUCUCCUUCCCGGCUCGUUACUGGUUCUCACGAAGGAUGCGUUUAAAACUGGUUCAUUCGGUGUUGUUGGGAUACGAGAUGCUGACAAAUUGAAGAGGUCUGGGGAACUAUCGUUCAUUCCAGAGGGAGACCCACCCAGUUAUAAUGACACGGAUAAUUUUAUGUUGAUAGAGAGUGAAGUCUAUUUUGAAGCUUAUAGAUAUGUCCUCAAAACCCUACAAAAUUUGGAAUUAGGGGAUUUUCCUAUGGCAAAAUUUGUGGUUGGUGCUAGCUCCGAAAUCUUGGCGCCAGGAUAUCUAGCAAAUAAUGAGAAUGAUAAUGAACAAAAGAAAAUUAAACUAGUUGUCCCAUCCAAACCAGAUAAGCCUGAUGAACUCGACAAUCCACUUGAAGAAGAGUUGAAACAGGUGAAGUUGAUCGAUUCCUGGGAGGAUGACGAUUACAUAGAAGCACUGCUGAUAAAAUUGGAUAAAAUAAAUCAUCCUCCCAGGAACGCCGAAGAGGAAGACGGAAUCAUGAUGAUUAAUCCAUUAACUGAAACCGACUGGCCAUGUGGAGAUACCUUAGGUUUGGACGAAAAUCAAUUUGCCGGCUUUCAAGCGGCCAUAAUGAAGGAAUUUGUCAUUAUUGAAGGACCUCCGGGAACAGGAAAGACUUAUUUAGGGUUGAAAAUAGCGGAAACAUUGCUUAAAAAUCAUGACCUAUGGAUGACUAAAGAAUCCGUACAUUCCGAGAAAAUUGGACCAAUGAUUGUCGUUUGUUAUACAAAUCACGCCUUGGACCAAUUCCUUGAAGGAAUUGUGGAAAUAUUAAAGGAACAAGACAAAAACAAAACACGAGAAUUUGUACGCGGUUGCACCACUAGUAUUGUUCGUCUAGGAAGCAGAAGCAAGUCUGAAAAGCUUAAAGAAUUCGAGCUUUUCAAUGUCAGAAAACGUGGCGGUUGGAGCGAAUCCCAGGCCCAGUAUGAUAUGCGUCGCGGAGCCAGCCAGGCCGUACAGGAUUUGGGAUAUCAAGUCGAUUAUUUAAAAGCACAGUUCAAAGAACUUAAAGAAAUGAAAGGAAUUGUGGAUUUUCGUGGCCUCGCAGUAUGGGACUUAUUACGUGUUGAAUUUCCAUCAUACUUAUGGGGGUUAUUGGAAUCACUAGAAUUCUUCGAAUUUAAUGACACAUUACUCUCACAUGCAAACUUAGAUGCCAAUGCUCUGGUUAAUUCUUGGUUUGGUAGAAAUCCAAAUUCAAAGUUGGCCCAGAAAACCCAAGAAGUGACAUUAGAGGUCGCGGAGGACGAUCAAUUUGAAAAAGAAGACUACGAUCUCGCCGAGUUGAUGUCAACCCGAAUGGUGGAUGACUACCAAAGACGCGAAUUCAGCCCUAGCAAUAAGCAUGGACACCCGCAUGUGCUAACCUUCCUUGACAACCUGUCAUUGAUAGAUUGCAAGAAGAAGAGGUCAAAGCUAGAAGCAGAAUUGAUGACUGCUUUAGGAAACAUUCAAUUAAACACCGGGACCGAUCAAGGGGUGAAUGAUCAAAUGAUCCAGUUUAUAAGAAUGUAUCAAGUGCUGAACCAAAAUCGAAUCAGCCUAUUGGAGAAUAUACUACCUCGUCUAAAAGAUAUGAAAAUUGACAAAGAAACAGUGCACGAAACGUUCCGAGAAAUGUGGGGUUCCCAGAAGCCGUGGCGAAAAAUUUUCCCAUCAGUCGUUUCUCGAUGGGAAGCCUACCUAACAGUAAUUGAGCGGUCAAAAGAAUUACUAAACAAACGCCGCAAAGAACUUGAACCCGAGCUGAUUAUAGCUGAGAGGAAGUUAGCACAAAUUCGGAAAUACGGUGAUAGUCAGAUUUUAAAGCAUUGCAAAGUGGUUGGAAUGACGACAACUGGGGCUGCAAAAUAUUACGAUAUCUUGCAAAAUUUGAACUCAAAAAUUGUUAUCGUAGAAGAGGCAGCAGAAGUUCAAGAGUCUCACAUUGUCACAUGUCUAACAAAAAGUUGCCAACAUCUAAUCCUAAUUGGAGACCAUCGCCAAUUGAAACCAACUACGACAGUAUAUGACCUGUCAAAAACAUACAAGCUGGAUGUGUCCUUAUUUGAGCGGAUGAUCAAAAAUAAGUUGAUGUCGUAUAAACUAAAAGAACAACACAGAAUGCGACCAGAGAUAGUUGAUCUCGUUCGUGGAACAAUCUAUCCAGAACUAACUGACGCUGCAUCUGUCCUUAGUUAUCCUGAUAUUCUUGGGAUGAUACAAAACCUGUUUUUCAUUUCGCACGGAGAACUGGAAAAUUGCGAGGCAGAUUCUAUGAGCAAGUCUAACGAAUUCGAAGCCGAUUAUUUACUCGGACUUUGCAGAUAUCUCAUCCAUCAGGGAUAUUCGCCUUCGAAGAUAACAGUGCUAGCUACAUACACAGGUCAAAUGUUUCUCUUAAAGGCAAAGUUUCGAGGAAUGGAUGCAACCACUGGGGUUAGGAUAACAUGCGUGGAUAAUUUCCAAGGGGAGGAAAAUGACAUAAUUCUACUCUCCCUUGUACGAAGUAAUGAAGAGGGAGCAGUAGGAUUUUUGAAGGUGGAAAAUCGAGUCUGUGUCGCACUAUCGCGAGCGAAGCUAGGAAUGUACAUCGUUGGAAAUAUGGACAUGCUCUCGCAAGGUAGCAAGAUUUGGCCAAAAAUUAAACAGAAGCUGGGUCCAGACAGGUUGGGAGACGGGCUUCCCAUCAUUUGCAGGAAUCACAAAACUGUUGAAAAAAUUUCGAGGGGAGUCGACUUUCACACCCGGGCGCCACGAGGAGGAUGCACUCGCCGCUGCGAAUCCGACCUUCCACUAUGUAACCAUAAAUGUACAUACGUGUGUCAUAUCGAGGAUCCUUCGCACGCCAAUGUCAAGUGUUUUGAAGACUGUGUAAAAACCUGUCCUGAAGAAGAAGCACAUCCAUGCAGGGAUCGUUGUCAUGUUGUGCCUUGCACUCCUUGUCGAUACGAUGUCACUCUGAUCCUGACAUGUGGACAUGCAAAAGUCGUUUCCUGUGGAGAUAGAUGGGAAGAGCAAAUCUGUAACGUAAAAGUUCAGAAGAUCCUGCGAUGCGGGCACGUAACUGCGCCCAUUCCUUGCUUCACGGAUGAGUCAAAAAUUCAAUGUGAAGAAUUAGUCGAAAAAAUGCCGCCCUGCAACCAACACCUUACACCAAUGGCUUGCUACAUAAACGCAGAAAAAUAUGAAUGUCAAGUCGAAGAGGUCAAAUUAUUACCCUGCGGACAUACGAAGGGAUUGAAAUGUCACGAGGAUGAGAGUGAAACUCGAUGUAAGACACAAAUCAUAAAAAAUCUACCGUGCGGCCAUGACCAAAUGGACGUUUGCUAUUUAUCUGUGGAAGAAGUAAAAUGUCACAACAACGUGAAAAAAGUGCUUCCAUGCAAGCAUGAAGUAACCAUCCUUUGUAAAGAUAAAGAUAAUGAGAACAUUAAAACCAUCUGCAGAAACAAGUGCACAGUAAGACUGGAUUGUGGGCAUGCUUGCCCCAGAACGUGUCAUAUAGAGGACGAUCCUGACCAUAAGAAUUAUAAGUGCACAAAGAAAUGUGUUCGUGAGUGCAAGUCUGGUCAUAAGUGUGCCACAGUGCACGAGUGCUUUAAAAAAUGUCCUGUUUGCACUGUACCUGAGAAAAAGGACUUGCCAUGCGGACACUCUGCAAAAUUAUCAUGUCACGUAGAUCCAGCAACGUAUAAAAAUUGUAAACAAGUCUGCAAUCGAAUACUUCAAUGUGGUCAUGAAUGUGAUAAAAAUUGUGGCGAAAACUGUGGACCUUGCGAAGUUCCAACACCACACACCGUUCCUGCCUGUGGGCAUGUCAAUGUCUUCUCGUGCAGUGAAAUACCAGAUCAAUCAAAGUGUAAAACAUUGGUUAAGUCGAGAAAUAGAUCGUCAUGUGGUCAUACUGUCAGUGUUCCUUGCAAUGUUGCAAAUACGCUAUCACCCGACGAAGUUCUUGCCUACUGCGGACAAAAAUGUGAUUAUACGUUUCCAGAAACGUAUGGGGGUUGUGGUCACAAAUGCAGCGGAACUUGUGGAUCGUGUUCAGGGGGACGUUUCCACGUCAAAUGUGAUUCUCCCUGUGGCCGUUCUCUUGUCUGUGGACAUGUGUGCGAAUUUCCAUGUUCAAGUGAAUGUCCGCCUUGUACAAAACCGUGCGGUAUGAAAUGCGAACAUUCCGUAUGUUCAAAAAGUUGUGGAAGACCUUGUUCCGUUUGCAGGGAACCUUGUUCUUGGAAAUGUCCACAUAAAGCAUGUACAAAAUUAUGCGGGGAACAAUGCGACCGAACCCCUUGUGAUGAACCCUGCCCUAAAAUUUUACCCAAGUGUGGACACCCAUGUAUCGGAUUCUGUGGCGAGCCUUGCCCGCCACUCUGUCGAGAAUGUGAUUUAAACGAAUUACUAGAAUUUCAGCUACUGUAUACAGAGGGUGAACCAGAUUCUAGAUUUGUCUGGCUUCCGGAUUGUGGUCACUGCUAUGAAGCAAUCGGAUUUGAAAAAUUCUUAUCAGUGAAGACAAAUGACGGUGGUGAUGACGAAAUUGGCGUCAAACGAUGUCCCCGAUGUCAAACUGUAAUUCGCAAUUGUCGCCGUUUCGGAAAUAUUCUGCAUAAACUGUUCAGCGAAGUUAGAGAAGUUACUGAAAAAAUUUUUGGAAAUAUGAAACACCUUCAACAAGUUCAUGCAGGGUUGCUGAAAAUAAUUUCAAAACCAAAAUGGGUCGCCCAAGUUCCUCAAGAGAUGCAGGAAUAUGUGCUGAAUUUACUGACGGAGAAAGUCCAUAAAACUGGAAUGUUUCGCGUGGAUGCUGGGUCUUCUCGCAUAUUGAAAUCUAUUGACAGCCACCUUCUCAACAGCUUGGCCAUUAUUAUACAAGUGGGUGACAAAUUGUCGCGUUACUUAGAAAAAAUUAAACUACAGAAUCAUACAGAUGAUCCUAUAGUUAUUAAAUUUAUGACAAUAUGCAACCGUUUAUUCGACCAACUCAUCCACCACCGAAAGCUUCCGUUGAGUCGAUUUGAAACCACAAAUUUAGAACAAGAGAUGACUCGAAUUAUCCACUGUUACAAAUUGUGCCGAUUUCACCGGUACAAAUCGCGUGAUGAUGUGAGCAUCCUUUACGAACGAGUGGAAACAAUCUUAGGCUCUUUUGAGCUUUAUACGGUAGAAAGGCAGAAACGGUGUUUGGAGUGGUUGCAGAAAUUGGAGGACAUAUGCCAAACGGGGCUCGGUAUUUCGGACGGGGAACGAAUAAAAAUUCUGGCCGCUCUUGGAAUGGGGAAAGGUCAUUGGUUCAAGUGUCCGAAUGGUCACAUUUAUUCGAUUGGAGAGUGUGGCGGCGCAAUGGAGACGGGCAAAUGCAACGAGUGUGGAGCAGCUAUUGGUGGUCAAAGCCACGCACUACUGGCGGAUAAUACAUUAGCUACAGAAAUGGAUGGAGCCACCGCACCCGCCUGGCCGACAGCUUUGCAGCUAUAAAUUAAUUAUAAUCUUUAAAUAAUUAAAGCAUUCCGUUAGUCAAUCAAUAUCUAAAUGUAGCCAGCUCCAUUAUUGUGUCAGCAGUACGUACGUGCAUCUCCGUAAUUCAGAAUGCUCGGUAGGUAUAAAAGUAACUUUAAAAUUCGAUAAUUAUUCGAUAAUUAUUAUUAUAUUUCCAUUCAAUUUUAGAUGAAUUAGAAGUUAACUUUAAAUUUAGAAAACUCUAGUACAUAUGUACAUGCAUGGUUAUUGGAAAUUUUGUAAUAACCAAGAUUCCAAAAAUUCAGAAUAAACAAAACAAAGAA